AUGUCAGAAGCAAAAAACGACUUGAAACACAUUGCUGUGCUAGCAUUCCCGUUUGCCACCCAUGCUGCUCCACUCUUUUCCCUCAUUAGGAGGCUAUCCACGAUGGCUCCGCAAGCGAAGUUUUCAUUCUUUAGCACAAAAGAAUCCAAUAACAAAAUUUUCUCAAAUCAAGGGAGGAUGGAAAGCAUAAAACCCUACAAUGUAAACGAUGGUUUACCUGAGGAUUACAUGAUUUCAUUUGCAAAUCCCCAUGAGCCGGUUGAGUACUUUUUGAAGGCGGUCCCCGGGAAUUUUAAGCAAGCCAUGGAGGUGGCCGUGCAGGUUAUUGGGAGGGAAAUUACUUGCAUCAUCAGUGAUGCAUUCUUUUGGUUUGGGGCGGAUAUUGCACGCGAAUUACACGUACCAUGGGUGCCACUUUGGACUGCUGGACCUCGUCCCCUCCUUUUGCAUCUUGAAACCGAUCUAGUCCGCCAGAAAAUGGGAGGCGAUGGUAAGGUUUUUGAUGUACCGGAAGAUAGAACCAUGGACUUUCUUCCAGGUUUUUCUGAAAUACGAGCUGCUGAUAUACCUAAAGAACUGCUCUAUGAAGACGCAAAACCAGGAAUCCCAGCAAUAUUGUAUAAAAUGGGAAAAAUGUUACCACGAGCAGCUGCUGGUGUAUUAAGCUCGUGGGAGAAAUUAGACCCUGAUGUGGUGAAUCAGCUCCAGUCAAGACUUCAUAAUUUUCUUGAAGUUGGUCCCUUAGUGUUGACAUCUCCAGAUCCUGUUAUGUCCGAUCCACAAUGUUGCCUAGAGUGGCUGGACAAGCAGAAACGAGGCUCAGUCUUGUACGUUUGUUUUGGAAGUAUGAUAAUGCCACCACCUCAUGAGUUAGCAGAGUUAGCAGAAGCACUAGAGGAAUGCGAUUCGCCAUUUCUUUGGUCAUUUAGAGACAAUCCUGAGGUAAAAUUGCCUGAAGGGUUCUUAGAAAGGACUAAGGAGAAGGGAAAAGUAGUCUCAUGGACUCCACAGUUAAAAGUCUUGCAACACAAUGCAACUGGGGUGUUUCUUACACAUGCUGGAUGGAAUUCGAUUUCAGAGAGUAUUGUUGGAUGCGUGCCCAUGAUUUGUAGGCCUUUCUUCGGGGAUCAAGCCUUGAACACAAGGACUGUAGAGGCUAUAUGGAAAAUUGGUGUUGGGAUUGAAGGAGGGACGAUAACAAAAGAUGGAGUAACCAAAGCUAUAAAACUUAUUUUGUCAACCGAAGAAGGAGAACAAAUGCGGAAGAACGUUGAACACCUCCAAGAUCUUGCUUUGGAUGCAGUGUCAAACGGCAGCUCUUCGAAAAACUUCGAAGCACUGCUAGAGGUUGUCACCAAGUAAUGUGAGAUGAAAAUUCCAAGAAAUUGUUUUUCCGAGGGUAAUAUCAUGGAGUAUAAAAUCAUUUGUUUUUCGACUUUACGAUUUACUAGUAAUUUGGAUUUUGAAUUUUAUCCUAUGGAAGCCCUCGCUUUGUAAUCAAAACCAAAAUC